AGGCCCGCUAGCUGGGGACCGCGAGCUGGCGCCAGGGGCGGCGGGGUCAGAGCGUGGCUUUGAAGCCGCUUCCGCUACCAUCAUGAGCGGCCGAAGUAGGGGUAGAAAGUCCUCCCGCGCCAAAAGCCGGGGCAAAGGCCGCGGCAAAGCCCGAGUCCGCGCUGCUCCUGACGACGUCCCCCGCGACCCGGACCAUCCACAGUGCCAGAGGCUCGGGGAGGAAACCCAGGCGGCACAGGUGCAGGCUGGCGCGGGUUGGGGUGGCCUGGAAACCGCUGCGCCCGCGCCGUCCCGUCGGCCCGGAGAGGACGCUGCCUGCCGGCUCCCACUGGACUGUGGCCUCGCGCUCCGGGCCCGAGCUGCGGGGGAUCGCGGGCAGGCCGCGACCAGGCCCAGCCCGGGGAAGGCCACAUCCCUCUCGGAGCGCCUAGCAACAGACACUGUCUUCGUGGGGACCGUGGGAGCCGUGGGAAGGCCGAAAAAUGGCCCCCGCGUUGGAAAUCGGCGUGGCCCCGCCGGGAAGAAGGCCCCAGAAACCUGUAGCACAGCGGGGAGGGGGCCUCAGGCCAUAGCCGGCGGGAAGCUGAAGAAAGGGGCCACAGGGGAGAGUGUCUCCGUCCCUGUGGUAGAGGAAAAGAAGGUGGAGAAGGAUGCAGGGUCAGGGCCCCUGGCGACAGAUGGCAGCAUGGAUACGCUGGAGACGGUCCAGCUGAAGCUGGAGACCAUGAACGCCCAGGCAGACAGGGCCUACCUUCGCCUCUCGCGGAAGUUUGGGCAGUUGCGACUGCAUCACUUAGAGCGCAGGAACCUCCUCAUCCAGAAUAUCCCGGGUUUCUGGGGGCAAGCUUUUCAGAACCACCCCCAGCUAUCAUCCUUUCUGAACAACCAAGAUAAAGAGGUUCUCAGCUACUUGAACAGCUUGGAGGUGGAAGAGCUUGGCCUCGCCAGAUUGGGCUACAAAAUCAAGUUCUACUUUGGGCGCAACCCCUAUUUCCAAAAUAAGGUGCUCAUCAAGGAAUAUGGGUGUGGUCCUUCGGGUCAGGUGGUGUCUCGUUCUACUCCAAUCCAAUGGCUCCCAGGGCAUGAUCUCCAGUCGUUAAGCCAGGGGAACCCCGACAACAGCCGUAGCUUCUUUGGGUGGUUUUCAAACCACAGCUCCAUUGAGUCUGACAAGAUUGUGGAGAUAAUCAACGAAGAACUGUGGCCCAAUCCCCUGCAGUACUACCUUAUGAGUGAAGGGGCCCGUGCAGAGAAAGGAAAGGAGGGCAGGCAAGGUCCAGCAAGGCAGCCAGUGGAGACCCCUGAGCCUGGGGCAAACAAGUCCAACUGAUCCUGCACUAGUCUCCCUACUACCUCCUGUUGGACCUGUGCCCAGCUAACCACACGUGUUUGGCUGUCUGCCUUCUCUUCAUGUUGGCCUCUAUGCACUGUAUUCCCUUUGGACUUCAGUUACAAGAAUAUGGUAUUUAUGAUCAUGUUCUUUUGCCUCCUCGUGGCCUUCUUGCUUUUUCACAUUAGUGUUACAUGUUAAAUGAUCUCACCCCUACUGUUUAUAUGUUAAGCACACAUGUUUCAAGUGUGUGCUGCCUUUGUCUACAUUGCCUGGACCAUGUUCUUGGCUCUGGCCUUUCCCAGCUGUCUCUAACGUGGACACUCAUGAGUCAUCCUCCAAGAGGACCAGUGCAUCCUUAAGCUCUGCUACUUCAGGGCCAGUGACUUGCUGAGCUUUGUGUUCAUGCUGGCCAUGCAUGCCAUCUAUGGCCAGUUUUUCUGUUGCCACUGCAGAAUGAAGUUAGCGCACAUGGUAUUGGCCAUCAGCCAAAACUAAUUGUUCCAAAGCCCUGGGGUCACCGGCCUAGUUUCCACCACCUACUGGAUCUCUGACUUUGGCCAGGGGCCUCAGCUGUCCUCCUGGAUGUGCAGAAUAGCACUUGACUGCUGGGCAUGGAUGAGGUUGAGAGUGAGAAGCAGUAUGCCAUGUGUUCUGUACCAUCGUUUGUCUCUUCCUGCCUCUGGGCCCUUCUGCUAUUGAACAUUCGUCAAAGUCUAUACCAUGCCUCGUCACUGUCAGGCCACUGAGACUUGUCUAGGUUGCUAUUGGCCCCAACUGGCCUCGUGGUCAACGAGGACCUCAAGAACUGCCUGUGGACCCAGGCCCCCUGCCAGUGCAUGAGACACACACCAACCCUCCCCAGCCUUCCAGGAACCCUGCUGCCUGCCAGACUGAUGGGCCGGUGUGUGAACAUGUGCUCACUGUCAUCGUGCCAUGGCUGCAGGAUGAACUCCCUGGGAAUGUCAGGAAUGGGAAAUCCAGAGCCCUCCAAGUUGAACGCUGUGAAGCCCAUCCUUUUUUCGAGUCUCCGCCGCUCCCGCACUCAGCUGUUCCACAUCAAAUGGCAGUCUGGGUUCAGAGCAAGACGGCUUCUGAUCAAGACCAGUGAUACGAAAUACGGAGAAGUCCAGAAAAGGAGGAAUGCUCAAGAAAGUUGAGUUUCACUCCAUGUGGAGAUCUCUGACUAUACUGACGGCUUGCAUCUCCCCAUUCUUAAGCCAUGCAUAAAAAGGCCCCAGUUUUCCACUCUGCGUCAGGAUCUAAGAGGCAUUUCAGGCCAGAGUCUGAGUUGGGGUAGAUGAUGAGAAUGAUGCCUGUGGAGACUGUCAUAGUGAUGGCCCCAAGGAGUCACGCCUCCUGGUGGUCACGUGCUUGCCUGGUCCUCUCGCACAUUGGCGCUGGGUUUGGCCAUGUGACUCGUUUUGGCCAAUGGGACGUCAGCAGACAUAAGACAGGCAGGAGGCUUCGUAAGUGUUUGAGCCCUGGGAGUUCCUGAGGUUUGGACUGCGCUCCGGGAGGAUGAGAGCGCGGUGGAAGGAGAGGCCCUGCCCUCCCAGGCAGCCCUCCCGCUGAAUGGAGCCCUGGGGAAGCCUGUAGAGCUGCCCAGCUGCCCCACGGGAUCCUGAGAAGCAAUAAAUUGCUGUUAUUAUAAUUUUUUGAGUUGACCUUGAAUUCACAUAACAUAAAAUUAACCAUUUUAAAGAGUACAGUUCAGUGGCGUUUCGUAUAUUCAUGGUGUUGUGCAACCACCACCCCUUUCUAGUUCCCAAACCCCAAAAGCAUCACCCCAAAAGCAAACCCUGUCCCCGUUAAGCAGUCCAUGACCCUUCCCUCCCUCCACCCCUCUAGCUCCUGGCAACCACCAAUCUGCUUUCUGUCUCUAUGGAGACAGACCUUUGGUGACUGGCUUCUUUCAUUUAGCAUAAUGCAUUUACCCAUGUGGUGGCAGGUACCAGGACUUCAUUUCAUUUUGUACUCCCACAAACAGUUGUACGCCAAAUGUUCACAGCAGCACCAUUCGCAAUAGCCAAAAGGUGAAAACAGCCCAAAUGUCUAUCAGCCAAUGAAUGCAUAAAUGGAGUGUGGUAUAUACAUACAACAGAAUAUAAUUCAGCCAGAGUUACUGUUAUUCAGCUGUAAAUUACUGUUAUUUUAAGCCAUUAGGUUUGGGAAAGGUAACAGAUAACUGAUAGAGUUUUUCAGGUAAUUGGGGUAAUAAGAACUAUCAAUUCCUCCAUGGUUUCUAUGUGCCGUGUACUACAUGAAGCCCUUUGCAUGCACUACGCUUUGAUUUUCACAGGAACCCUCAGUUGAAGUAUUACUAUCGACCCCAUUUUACAAAUAGGAAAACUGAGAGAUUAAACAAUUUGCCCAAUUUAACCCAGAUGAUUUGAUUCCAGAACUCAUGCCUUAUCUACUCAUUGUACACAAUCCAGCCCUAAACCAGAGGCCUGCUCCGGUAGCUGGAAGGGCAGGAGCCCACAGCAGCCUGUGGCUUUGCUGUGAAAGAAAUACUGCUCUCUGUCUUCUAUACAAUUCCUAAUAUCACCAGGAGAAAUGACCGACAGAUAUUGAAGCUGAUAGUGGUUUAAAAUCUGGACAAUGUGAAAUUCUGAUCUGUGAAGCUUGAUUUGGGAAUAACGGAACGUUGUAGACAUAACGUCUGCAACAUAAAUGUUCAAGGGCAGAAGCUACAAUCCUAGUAUUUGAUAUAAACAAAGCACCCCGAUGGAUGGCCAAAGCUUUAUUGUAAAAUUUGCAUGGGAAAGAAGUAAUCCCAUUGAAAAUAACUUCUGUGAAAUUCAAUACCAAUAAAAGUGGAAAGAAUUGUAAAGAAUUUAACUGGGCUAUUUAAAAAAAUUGUUGAAGGAAUUAAAUUGACUUAAUGGAGUUUGUUCAGGAAAGUACUUUCAGUGCAAAAAUGUAUCCAUGACGAUAUAAUUGUGGUUUAAAUGGUAGUGCUCUUAGGAGUCAAAAUAUCCUCAGGACAGAACAUCUUUCUGAGUCAAAACAUCUUAUGAUUUUAUUUUUUAGUAUAGUUGGCACACGAUGUUAAAAUAUUUUUUAUCUUUCUUAAUGAUUCUUUGAAGAGUGUAAAAUGCUGUUAGGGCACCCCUCAAUAUAGCUAUUUUUAAAGAAAAGAUUAAAAAAAUAAAAUAAAAUCCUAUUAAGGUAUGAAUGUAAGUCACUCUGGGAUGCCAAGACAGAUUUCUAAGGCCCUUUGGAAAACAAGUGCCUUGGGAUAUAGUCAGGCCCCCAGAUACUGGGGUUACUUACAAUGCAAGGUGAGGCAGUGAAGACUUCCCUGGGGCGUCAGGAAUUCACCCCAGUGCAGGGGAAGGUCAAGCACUGGUGUUCCUCUUGAGACACAGGUUUUGGGCAGGGAGGGGAGUGGCACAGAGAGAAGCCACUUGAGUAACCUUGUGGCCCAAUGUUUAGGGAAGGUAGCAUGCAUUUCUCCAUAAGAAGGAGCCUUAAUCCUUAAGAGAGAAGAAAGGGCAGCAUCUCUCUGGGGUGUGGUCAUCUCAGGUAACCAGGGAACCUGGAAGAGCAGCAAUGUGAACCCAGCAGCAAAAUCCAGCUAGGAGCCACCAUAUGGGAGCAGGAGCUACUUGGGAUUCACUAGAAAGAGAUUUGUGGCUGGCUGGGGUAGUGUGGGGAUGUGGGGAAGAAGUGCAGCGCUGUUUAUACAAGAAGCCCUACAUCUAGGCCUACAAGCUUUUCGGGUUUCAUAAAAAUAUUGAUCAGGUAUAAAUAUAUCCAGAAAAUUUCAAAGCUAAAAUGAGCAAAUGAAGAAAUGUAUGUAAAAUGUGACAUUAGGUCCUCUAAUAAUGGAUUACGUGUGGUUCUCAUAUAGUUACAAUUAAUAUGAAGUUUGGAUCAUAAUAAUUUAUUCUUCAUACACUCAAAUUUUAUGAAAAUUAAGCAUCCUUUCAAAAG